CUGUUCCGUUUCACCGGCACGAGCGAGUUCUACACACACGACAUGCGGCAGCGGAGCUCAUUCAAACUGAGACGUCUCUGAGAAAAACGGAUUUAUUUCACAUCGAAACACAGAGAGAGUCGCGAAUAGAUUUUCUUUUCGGCGUAGUCACUUUAUAUAUUUUUUUAAAUCGUACGGCAGCUUUUUGUGUGCAGGAGAUUCAUAAUUAUAAUUUUUUUCCCCCAUUAUCCCGCGCGCGCGAUCGUUUGUUAACGUCUGUGGCGCGCGCUAAUUAGCUUACUGGCUAGCAAGUGCUAUUCUUCCCAGGACUGAAAACUGCACUGUGUGGAUGUACCCCUGCUCAUCUGCAGUUACAAUUGCACAAUGGCUGUCUGUUCACUCAGCUUAAUAGCUCAGCACCAAAGCAACAGCAACAGAUCUAGUAUAAUUACAGGAUAGCAAUAAGCCCACACUGUACUUUCUUGUUUACCUUUUUUUUUUACUUUGUUUUCUGGUCAGUGCCAGAUAAACACAUUACUUAAGUUUGCACUGCUAAAUCUCAAAAAUCCUGUUCCUAAAAAAAACAGGUGGGCCUAGAGAGAGAAAUUAUUUAUUUUUAUCAUUUACCUCUUUAUUUUACUAGCUGCUGCUUAGAAAUAGCAUUACAUAAUAAAUAGCUAUUUCGACAGGCAUUAAUUCCCUUUAAAAUUGUGAAGUAAUUCCCCCUAUUGUCUACAAUCAUGGUUUCAACAACUGCAGCUGCAAUAACACUGGCCGCCGCCACAAUAGUGACCCAUACUGCUCUGACAGAGUACAUGUGGUUGCUGAUUGUCGGCUUCAUCAUCGCCUUCGUCUUAGCCUUUUCCGUCGGUGCCAAUGACGUUGCCAACUCAUUUGGCACAGCCGUGGGCUCCGGAGUGGUCACCUUGCGACAGGCAUGCAUUCUGGCCACGGUGUUCGAGACGCUGGGUUCUGUGCUCCUUGGGGCCAAAGUGAGUGAAACCAUCCGCAAGGGUAUCAUCGACGUGAACGAGUACAGUGGCUCUGAGCACCUGUUGAUGGCUGGAUCCAUCAGUGCCAUGUUUGGUUCUGCUGUGUGGCAGCUGGCCGCCUCCUUUCUUAAACUCCCCAUUUCCGGAACACACUGCAUUGUUGGUGCUACCAUCGGCUUCUCGCUGGUUGCUGGAGGCCAGUCAGGAGUCAAAUGGUUCGAACUCCUCCGUAUUGUUGCUUCCUGGUUCCUGAGUCCCCUUUUGUCUGGAAUAAUGUCGGGCAUUGUUUUCUACUUUGUGCGCAUGUUCAUCUUACGUAAGAAAGACCCUGUGCCUAAUGGAUUGAAGGCCCUGCCUGUCUUUUACGCCAUGACUAUGGGAAUCAACUUGUUCUCCAUCAUGUUCACUGGAGCUCCGAUGCUGGGAUUUGACAAGAUCCCGUGGUGGGGUACCCUACUCAUCUCACUUGGCUUCUCUCUGGUGACCGCCUUUGUGGUCUGGUUUAUUGUCUGCCCUCGCCUCAAGAAGAAGAUUGAACGAGAUAACAAGUCUUCCAGUCCCUCCGAGAGCCCCCUGAUGGAGAAGAGGGAGCUCAGGGAGGCCCACUGUCCAAUCCUAAAACAGACUGCCAAGGAGACAUCUACACCUACCACACCAGCUGUCAAUCAGGACCCCGCUGCUCAACCACAGGCUGCCCCUGAGGAGCGUAGGGUGGCGUUUGACAUUGGAGAUUCUGACGAUGUUGACAGUAAUAAAGAACGCAGGGUCGCGUUUGACAUUGGAGACUGUGAUGACACGGACUACAGCAUGUCAAAUGGUGCUCCCAAAGAGGUUCUAUCAAACAACAACCAGCAAGUCCAGCACAGCAACGGCUCCACAAACUCUUCCAAUCAGGUCCAGUUCAACAACCAGGUUCAGUUCAACAACAGGCCAGCACAGAUCCCAAGUAACGGUUACAGCCAGUAUCACACGGUCCACAAGGACUCUGGCCUCUACAAAGACCUCCUGCAUAAGCUUCACCUGGCCAAGGUUGGUGACUGCAUGGGCGAGGGCAGUGACCGACCUAUCCGGCGCAACAACAGCUACACCUCCUACACCAUGGCCAUCAUCGGCAUGCACGGAGACUUCAAGCAUAAGGAAGGUGAAUUCCGUGCAAGCGAGGAUGGCGACAAGGGCUCAGGGUCAGGUGGUCAGGAAAGGAAGCGUAUUCGCAUGGACAGUUACACUAGCUACUGCAACGCCGUGGCAGAGCACACGACUCCCGAAGCUCUGGUGGAGACUGACGUGACACUAGAAAUGGGGAAGGAAGAUGCAGGUAGUAGCCAAAGCUCUCUCGAUGAAGAUGGGCUUGAUGCGGACAAGCCAGAAGUCUCAACUCUCUUCCAGUUCCUCCAAAUUCUCACCGCCUGUUUUGGAUCUUUUGCACAUGGAGGCAAUGAUGUUAGUAAUGCCAUUGGACCGUUGGUAGCCCUGUGGCUGGUUUACAGAACUGGCAAUGUGAAUUCGAAUGAAGCCACACCCAUUUGGCUGCUGCUGUAUGGAGGCGUGGGCAUCUGCGCUGGACUGUGGGUGUGGGGUCGCAGAGUGAUCCAGACUAUGGGCAAAGAUCUUACCCCCAUUACCCCCUCAAGUGGUUUCAGCAUUGAACUGGCCUCAGCCCUGACUGUCGUGGUAGCCUCUAACAUUGGCCUGCCUGUCUCCACCACCCACUGCAAGGUGGGCUCUGUGGUUGCAGUUGGAUGGUUGCGCUCAAGGAAGGCGGUAGACUGGCGUCUGUUCAGAAACAUCUUCAUGGCGUGGUUCGUGACUGUGCCCAUCUCCGGCCUGAUCAGUGCCGCCAUCAUGGCUAUCUUCAAGUAUGGCAUCCUGAAAGCGUAGGGCUACACCACCACCACCCCGAAGCAGGGGAGGAGAAAGAAUAACCGCUCCAAUGCGCACCCAGGAGAGUAAAGAAGUGAAGUUGGAAGGCCAAAAUAUAUCGCUUACCUCAAGCCAACAACUUUGGAAGAAAAAGGAAAAAAAAAAUCUAGAAGUGUUUGAAAGGACUUGUGAUAUGGGCCUGUGGUUCUUGACUGCACCAUUUUCAACCUAGAAUUUGCUGUUCGUUCCAGUUGGGCCACAUUAUUUCCAGUGGAAGGCUUGCAUUUCUUUAUCACUUGCAUUUUUCAUAUCUCAUCAUUCUGUAAAGAGUUAAUCGAAACCAUCAGAUGAUUGUUUUUGUUGUUGUUUUUUUCUAAUACUCAUUAUUCUUUUUUUUUUCUUUCUUUUUUUUACUUUACUGCAAUUAUGUAUAUACAACCAUGCUCUGUUUUUAAUUUUGUUUUACACGUUAGAAAGAAAUGAACAAUUAAAAUGCAGUAUUAGCUAUUUGCAGAUGUAACUCCCCAGUCAUAACACAUGCUGAAAGUAAUGUAGAUGCAAAAGGAGUAUUUUUUAAGGUGGAAAAACAAGGUUAUUGGUGUGUAUGUGCAUGUUUUGUUUUGUUUUUUUCUCCCCCACAAGUAUUUGUUAAUAUCUGGAUUACUAGUAUCCCCUAAAUUAGUUUUUCCUUUCUCCUGUUGGAGAACACAAUUGACUAAAUUCAGAGGUGUUGGUGACGGGUGUUUUCUACCAAACUUACAGAUUAUGUGACCACAUUCACGGGAGCUGCAGUUUUGUCUUUUACGACACACUAUUACCUGAACAGUUUACAAUGGUAGAAGCACUAAUUUUACACACUGGACCUGCAGUGAUGAGUGAAAUACUGUAUCAAUAGCAAAACAGGAAAUGACAAAAGCCCUAAUCGUUUAAAUCAACGGUCUAUCUGCAAUUCUUUCAUCAGAAUCUCCUGAGGCUCUACUUUCACGAUCAGCACAGACGGGACUGCCUGAUAUCACUUGGUUACUUGAAUCUUUCGAAAUGUAACGGCAGACCGUCAACUAAAGCAAACAAGACCUUAAGUCUCCUGUUAAAACUUGAUUGCAUCAUUCUUGAUGGUUUAAAUGCUUUAGGUCUGCUUCAGCCUUGUUUUUUUUCUAG